ACACGCCGUACGCCCCGCCCUCUCCGCCGACGUUACUUCCGGGUCCUCCUCGUGUGUCAGGGAGGAAGCAUGGCGGGCGCACCGGAGAAGAAACCAGUGCUGGAGAUGAUCCAGGCCAAUGGAAUGGACGAGUCGUGUGUAACGUUCGUCUUACAUGAAGAGGAUCACACUCUGGGAAACGGUCUGCGAUACCUGAUCAUGAAGAACCCAGAAGUGGAGUUCUGUGGGUACAGCAUCACUCAUCCUUCAGAAAGCAAAAUAAAUUUCCGCAUCCAGACACGAAAUGAACUUCCUGCAGUUGAGCCAUUCAGAAAAGGACUAACUGAACUCCUGGAGGUCUGCCAGCAUGUCUUGGAUACAUUUGAGACCACUAUGAAGAAUUACAAUGACAAGAAAGAAUCUACAAUGGAAUGACAAAUGUUCUUCUCUAUAUCUGUAUUUAUGUUUGCAAUUUGGUUGUAUUAUUCACUAAUAGAAGUGUUUUUUUUUUAUAGUAAAUGGAAAAACAUACCAACUUAUUUCUUUUCAUCAGGCAUUUGGCACCCUAAUAGUAUACAAAAUGAAAACAUGUUGCAGCAAAGUGGAUAACUGUAAAUAUAGUGGAUACUGUGUAUCUUGUGCUCAGAUCUUAUUGCUACAAAUCUGAAAGCACAUUAUUACAUGCCUAUGAAUCUGAAAGCAUAUUAUAACAUGCCAAGUUAAGCAAAACUGUAUAUUUUCAGUGAGUACGCUUUUUAAUAAAAGUCAUUAAUGUUACAUUCA